AUGCUCUUCCCGAAAUCCCGCCGCAGGCCAGCUUGGCCACUCUUUCUCAUCAUAAUUCCUUUCUUCCUUACUCUUCUCUACAUCCGUCCCUCUUUAACUAUCAGUUCGCUCUCCCAUGCCAAAAACAAAUCUCCGUCACGAAACGCAACCUCUCACCUGGCGUCCAAAGAAAUGCAAGCAUAUUGGGCGGAGCUGCAUUCCAUGCUAUCGCGAACAAACCCUUCCAUCGAGCCGCUCACAUCCUCCCGGGAUCCGACACCCGAAGAACUCGACGCUGCCAAGAACACCAACUCUUCCCCGCGGCCAGACCUGAUUACCAUAUCCGACAGUGACCUCUCGUCUCUGAAGUCCAAGCACUCGACCUUUGUAGCCUCUCUUAAAACUCUCGGUCCAAAGCUUCCCACUUGGAAAGGCACAACCGGUGUCGUCAUGACCGCCGGAGGAGGGUACCUGGGAACCGCCGUAACCUCCAUCCUGAUGCUUCGCCGCUCUGGGUCGACCCUCCCUGUCCAUCUAUUCCUCGACACGCCCGACGAGUACGACCGCCAACUCUGCGAAGUCACUCUUCCGCAGCUGAACACAGAAUGCCUCAUCUUCACUUCAGUCCUUCGUCCCUCCGACGACGUAAAACACUACCAGUAUAAAGUCCUCUCGAUCCUUCUCUCACCCUUCGAGAAAGUCCUCUUACUCGACUCCGACGCCUGGCCAGUGACCUCGCCAGAUCGCCUCUUUACCUCGGAGCCAUUCACGUCUAACGGGUUGAUCACAUGGCCCGACUUCUGGCUGACAACGAUAUCCCCUCACUUUUACGCCAUUGCCAACUUCACUGCUCCCCCGAUCCUAAGGCGUCGCAGCUCCGAGUCCGGCAUAUUGUUGUACGAUAAGAAAACCCACGCAGAGAGCUUGUUGCUGGCGACGUACUACAACUGGUAUGGUCCGGGCUGCUUCUACCCGCUGCUCUCGCAACACGCGCCGGGAGAAGGCGACAAGGAGACGUUCGCGCAGGCGGCGCUCGCACUCUCGCAGCCGUUCUACGACGUCCGGACGCCCGAUACCGUCCUCGGGAGGUGGAUCAACGGCAGUUUCGAGACGGCGGGUAUGAAACAGGCCGAUCCGGCGGAAGACUACCGCCUCCAGUCACCCAAUCUCUCCGGGGACCACGCCCAGGAACCGGCCGAGGAGAAGAAGGCAAAGCCCCUAUUCAUCCACCACAACCUCUUCAAGCUAGACAUCUUCAAAGUCGGCGCCUCAUCAGACCCCAUGUUCCGCCUCAACGAAGAGGGGCGCCUCAGUCGCCUCUGGGGCCCCGACAAGAAGCUGGUGGAGAAUAGCGGUUUCGACGUCGAGCGGGCAAUGUGGGAUGUGGUGUUGGCCGCGGAUUGCGGCUCGACGUUCUACGAGGAGUGCGAGAACCUCAAACGCUGGUACCAGGCCGUCUUCGUCGAUUCCCCGCCUUUGGUUGACGGUCUAUGA